AUGGAUGAAGAAUACGAUGUUAUUGUUUUGGGCACAGGCUUGACAGAAUGUAUCUUAUCGGGUAUUUUGUCAGUCGAAGGUAAAAAAGUACUACAUAUAGAUAAGCAAGAUUUCUACGGUGGCGAAUCGGCUUCAUUGAAUUUAACACAAAUGUACAAUAAAUUUAAACCAAGUGCUCUUUCUGGUGCUGACGGUAAAUUACCAGAAGCUUUUGGUCGUGAUAGAGAUUGGAAUAUUGACUUAAUUCCUAAAUUUUUAAUGGCAAACGGUGAAUUAACAAACAUUUUGGUUCAUACAGAUGUAACCAGGUACGUUGAAUUUAAACAAAUUUCCGGGUCUUAUGUUUACAACAAAAAUGGUAAAAUUUAUAAAGUCCCUAGUAACGAAAUGGAAGCGAUCUCUUCUCCGUUAUUAGGACUAUUUGAGAAACGUAGAGUCAAAAGUUUUUUGGAAUGGGUUUCCAAAUAUAAAGAUGAUGAUUUGUCAACUCAUAAAGGUUUAGACUUGGAUAAGAAUACUAUGGACGAGGUUUAUUAUAAGUUUGGAUUGGGGAAAUCAACUCAAGAUUUUAUUGGACAUGCAAUGGCUUUAUGGACUACCGAUGAGUACUUGCAGCAACCCGCAAGACCAACUUUUGAAAGAAUUUUAUUAUACUCACAAAGUGUGGCUCGUUACGGUAAAUCACCAUAUUUAUAUCCAUUAUACGGUUUGGGCGAACUACCACAGGGCUUUGCUAGACUAAGUGCUAUUUAUGGUGGUACUUAUAUGUUAAACGCACCAAUUAAGGAGGUUUUAUAUAAUGAGGACAAGACAUUUAAAGGUGUUAUUACGAAAGAAGGUACCGCUAGAGCACCAAUAGUCAUUGCUGAUCCAAGUUAUUUCCCAGAUAAAGUUAAAUCCACUGGUAAAAAAGUAAUUAGAGCCAUUUGUAUUUUAAACCAUCCUGUUCCCAGUACAGGCAAUGUUGAUUCCUUACAGAUUAUUAUACCACAAAACCAAGUUGGUCGUAAGAAUGAUAUCUAUGUGGCAGUUGUCAGCGACUCUCACCAUGUCGCUGCUAAGGGACAUUAUUUAGCUAUUGUGUCGACUGUUAUUGAGACUGAUAAACCACACAUUGAGCUAGAUGCGGCAUUUAAGUUGUUAGGUCCGAUUGAAGAGAGAUUUAUGGGUAUUUCUGAGUUAUAUGAGCCUUUAGAGGAUGGUACUAAGGAUCAUAUUUAUAUAUCUAAGUCGUAUGAUGCUUCUAGUCAUUUUGAAAGUAUGACGGAUGAUGUUAAAGAUAUUUAUUUUAGAAUUAUGGGUAAGCCAUUGGUUUUAAAACCACGAGAAGAUAGUCAAAAUGAUGGGAAUUGA